ACUCCCUCUCCCUCCAUCUCUCCUCUCUCUCUACGCCUCUCCCUCUCUCUUUCCCUCUCUCUCUCUACGCCUCUCUCUCUCCCUCUCCUCUCGAUCUACCACUCCCUCUCCCUCCUCUCCUUUUCUCUCUCUCGCUCUGCACCUCUCCCUCUCUCUUUCCCACUCUCUCUCUCUAUGCCUCUCCCUCUCCCUCUACGAUCGAUCUCCCUCUCCCUCUACCACUGUGAAUUGACAGUGUAUGGAGACACUUCAAGGCUUGCCGUCUCUAAAUCUGAAUUGCUGCCAGAAGAUCUCUGACAAUGGAAUUGAAGCUAUAACUAGUGCCUCCCCAAAACUCAAGAACUUCUCCAUCUAUUGGAACGUGAGGGUAACAGAUUUAAGUAUGAAGCAUUUGGUGAAGAACUGCAAAGAGAUAAUAGAUCUGAACUUGAGUGGCUGUAAGAAUAUAACGGACCAGAGUUUGCAUCUAAUUGAUGAUAAUUAUCAAGAGUUGGAAGUGUUGAAUUUGACAAGCUUAACAGACCAGGCUUAUAGGAAGAUGGAAAUUCUACCACAUCUGAAAUUCUUAGAUCUAUGCGGUACACAGUCGUAUUCAUGUAACCAGAUCUUUCUCUAAAUCUUCCCGUCACUGUCAAAGCUGGUUUUGUUGGUACAAUAACCCUGAAGGUACUUUUCUUAUCAACUGGCAUAUUCAAUAUUUCUGCAUAAUGUGUACUCAAAACUCCUAUUUUGUAAUGGAUACUUGAAGGCACAGUUGUGUCACUUGUAAACUUCCUUUUAUUUCUAGACUGAUUGGUUACAUCCACUGAUCUUAUCUAUAUCAAGUCCUUAUUUUGAGAAGUUAAUCUAUUCAAGGUCUUUAAGUGACAUGAAUAUUUCUUUAUUCAUUUGUUUGACUUAUUUUAAGAUUCUAUAGAGGCAGGUUGAAAUUUUGAUCCAAAACAGAUUAAAACAUGCUUUAAGGUCUACAUGGAGUUCAUUUGGUCCUCUUUUGGCAGGUGUCUUCCAUGGCAUGUAUGGUCAUGGCUUCAAGGUACUACAGGAGGUUAAUACUAACUGCCUACAAAGUGGAUUCGGCAAAAGAUGAAUCAGUUUUUUUUAAUUAUUUAAUAGCAUGCAUUCAUUUCUAGUCUCUCUCUCUCUCUCUCUCUCUCUCUCUCUCUCUCUCUCUACACACACACACUGAGGUCCACGAGCAAAGAUAUGUGUCGGGAACCUAUAUACUUCGAAUCCUUUUAUGAAGUGAGUGUUCUAUCCAAUAGUUGUGUUUGCAUGGCAGAGUUCCUCUCAUAAAGUUAUGUGGGGUUGCAAUUAGGAUAAGGUUAUGGUGGCCUAAAUUGGUUUCGUCUCUAAGGAAUCAUAUGAUCCUCAAGCCAAGGAUAUGAACAAUAUACUUGUUUUUUUAUUGGCCCAUGGUUCCAUGAUUAGACAAUGGACCUUGGCCUAGAAGUCUUCUUGAUAGGACAAUCUCAACCUUUGAAUUGUGGUAUGUAAAAUAGAUAGCCAAGAAGGGAAAUUAGUGUUGUCAUGUGCGACCACAUAUGCACAUAUGGGAUCGCAUAUCGAUAUGCAUAUCGCAUAUACGAUCAUGACACUUACUAUCCUUUUUUUGAAUGCAUGAGGAUGUAAUGAGACUUGAAAAUCUCAAGCGUUUACUCCUAGGGACAACCACUUUAAUUAGUGCACAACCUUUAUGCCUUGAUGAAUUGAGAAUUUUUUUUUGAAGAAUCUUGACAGUUUACCUUCAUUAUUUAUCUAUAACUAAUUUGUUGAUGUGGAAUGAUAUCUUUUUUUUUUUUUUU